GCUGGAAGCCAUCUUGAGAGGGGAUGAAAUGGAAGGUAGCCUGUAAAUACGUCAAGUAAAAAACAACAGCACAUUUAUUACAUAUCAGUAGGAUGGCUCUAUGUGAUUUCCAGACUUCCUCACUCACGUGUCUCCAAAAGGGAAGCUUUUGAGAGUCUUAGCAACAAGGCUCGCUUCCCCCUGAUUGGCUGAUGCCUUUUCUCCCUCUGGCCUAGCGCUUUAGGGCAUCCUUUGCUUACCAGAGCGGAUUGUUCAGUCCCUUGCGUUUUAAUUGGCCAAGGCUUCUUGUGCCUGUGUCUUGAUUGGAUGUUGUGGGGGUGGCUCCUUGCCCUGGGUGAUGCUGAGACCCCUUCUUACAGCAAAUGAAAAUGUCAGUCUGAGGAGAUUUUUUGAUUGGUGGCGAGAGGUUGUGAUCCAGCCUGUUUUCUUUCCCCAUGCAGGUUGCAUAUAACCUGAGCACUGAAAACUAGUACAAGGAGUGAGAGAUACAGACUCCUGCUGCACACUGGCAAGGAAUGUCCAGCUCCAUCAUACGAAAGGGUAACUUCAUCUAGAAAAAUGAAACAUAAUCAGAGCUGCUGUCAGACACCUCCCAGUGUCACUGUUCGUAUUAAAUCAAGUGCAUCCAGAUCUUAUCAACAAAAAAAAGCUCUUAGUCUUAAACGACCGAAGUUUAAAGAUAGCCAGGAGACCUAUGGGGAAAACAUUAACAAUAAGAAGUCAAAACGGCCAAAAGGUUCAUGUCUUGUAAUUCAGCGUCAGGAAAUGACAGCUUUCUUUAAGCUAUUUGAUGAUGACUUGAUUCAAGAUUUCUUGUGGAUGGAUUGUUGCUGUAAAAUUUCAGACAAGUACCUUUUGGCAAUGACUUUUGUUUAUUUCAAGCGAGCUGGCUACAGUAUAAACGAACACACCAGGCUUAAUUUCUUUGUAGCUCUGUACCUGGCAAAUACAGUUGAAGAAGAUGAUGAAGAGUCAAAAUAUGAGAUUUUCCCAUGGGCUUUAGGAAAAUCCUGGAGAAAGCUUUUCCCUGAUUUCUUAAUUCAAAGGGAUGAACUCUGGAGCAAGAUGGAUUAUAGGGCUAUUGUAAGCAGACGCUGCUGUGAGGAGGUAAUGGCUAUAGCUUCGACACAUUAUAUAUGGCAGCGGGAGCGUUCUAUUCAUCAUAGUGGAGCUACAAGAAACAAUAGCAGAGAUGGAGUACAGUUUCCUCGAGGACCCAAUGCCACACCUACAGACUGUUUGCUUUGUGGGAAAAAGACAAGAUACAUACGGCUGGGAUUAUCCUCCUCUUCCUCCAAUGGCACACUGGAAAUGAUGGAACAACAUAUACCUCAGGGAUUGCAUGACUCUCUUCCAGCUGGUAAAAUACCUGAGCCAUCUCUGCACUGUUAUUCACAAGAUUGCAAACAUCUAACCAACAAAGGAAGAAAAAGUAGCUGCACGUGUCAAGAUAAAGCCAUGGACUGGUUUACUGGAAAUGAAGAAUAAAAAAACCAUACUUCAGCCAACAACUUAAGAAAUUAUCAGGAAGCACAAUUAAUUGUCUGAAUGAAAUACAUUUCACAAUAUAUGAUUUAUUCUUUUAAGUUUUUUAUUUUGCUGAAACUUUUAGUAUCAAAAAUAUUGUCAACAUAAAUCAAAGUUGUGGAUUCCUAAAUUGCAUAAACAACAAUGAUAUAAUUUACAAUUUUAAUCCUGGUGAAGUGCAAUCUUCAAAUUAGGAUAUACCAUUUGAAGUAGUAUUUGGGUAUGCCGGGUUAAAUUUCCGCAGCUUGACAAGAAAGGCUAGUUUGGAAGGAAAAUAAAACAUCAGCAUUAGUGAUACAACACAUAAGUAGCCGGAAAGCAUAAGUAUUUAUUCAUUAAUUCCAUUUUUCUUUGAAAAGGUAAUAGUGCUUAUGAAAAAAUAGUAGUAAUAAAUGUAUAUCUUAUAAAAUAUUUGCCAAGCCAUUCUUACCUGUGUGCCCCACUUGCCAAGGGUAAGGUCUAGCAAUAUAUGGUGGUUUUGUCUCAUCAGAAAUGAGAGCUGUUAAAAUAAAAUUUAGAAAGUUGUUGUGCAACACUCUUAA